AUGAUUAGAAGACUACCCACAGCGAUAAGUUUAACGCCCGAGGAUCUGAUUGAGUUAGAAGAAGAAUUAGAGGAAUUCAAGCUCCAACGUGAAAUAAAGGCGCAACAACGCAACCUGCGUCGCUCUGCUACUGUGGUCGCUGACCAGGACGACGCUGCUCAAAUACCUGCGGCAGUUAGAAACACGAUGCAGGAAAGUCCUCUCAAGAAAGAAAUGUCACACAAUGGUAGCAGCGUACAGAGGCCACUAUCACAAAGCUUCAAUGGAGUAGUCGAGGGGCCAAGCACAUUUAGUCGCAAUCCCUUUUACACAGAACGGUAA